AUGAUACAUGUUUUACAAGGACGAGAUUUUCCAGGACUUAAUAUUAAUCCAUAUGUUAGCGUUCAAAUUGAUGAUCAAAAACGAUAUACAAAUAUACAAAAAUCUUCUAAUUCACCAUAUUUUGGCGAAUUCUUCACAUUUGAUUUUAAAUUACCAGCUACAAAAUUUAUGGAAAAAGUUAUUUUUAUCAAAGUUCAUGAUGCCGUUAGAAUAGUUAGUACAUUUACAGAUACAGCACCAAUUGGAAUUUUUCGAUUGGAUUUAGCAACAGUAUAUAAUGAAAAAGGACAUGCAUUUGAACGAAAAUGGGCUCAAUUGAGUAAUCCAGAAAAUAUUGCCGCACCUUGUGGUCAUUUACUUCUUUCAAUAUCAGUUACACAGCGUGGUGUUUCAACGAGAAAUGUUGUCAGUGAAGAAGCGCAUGAGGAUGAUGAAUUUAAACCAUCUGAAAGUAAUCCAUCGGCUGGUUUUUUACCAACAUUAGGUCCAACAUGGAUGUUUUUAUAUGGAAGUCCAAGAGAAUAUACAAUAAGUAAAGAUAAAGAUGGUCUUAGUGAAGGAAUGGGUGAAGCUGUUUGUUAUAAAGGACGAAUACUUAUGGCUAUUGAAUGUCAUCCAGUUACUGGAGAAAAUACACCAAACAUGAAUAUCCAAAAAGAAACUGGUAUAGAAUUUCCUGCAGCACAUAUAUUUCCAAUGAAACGUUCAUUUCUCUUAUUUGGUUGUAUUUAUGAUGUCAGUAUGAUUGAUAAAUCAUUUGGUAGUGGAAAAAUUUCUUUUGAAUUAAGUAUUGGUCCAAGUGGAUAUUUAAAUCCGCAACAAUUAGCUGCUGCAAAUCAUAAUCCGGUUUCAUCAUUAACACGUGCUUAUCCAUGUAUUUCAAUUGAUAAUAAUAAAGAUUACUUUCGUUUACCAAUUGAUUUACAAAAACCAAUAUUAUUUACAAAAUAUAUAUUUCACGAUUAUAUCUAUCGUAUGACAUUAUCGAAUCGUCUAAAAUAUGCAUCUGAAUAUUUGGUAUUGAAUUUCUAGAAAAAUUUAAAAAAAAAUUUUUUUUUUUU